UUUUACGAGACAGGAAGCUCUGACUGACCAUAUUUCUUUUAUCUGCUAAAAAAUGACUGGCGGCGAACAGCACCAUUUACAAAAGGACAGGGGUGGUUACGACUGUAAUACAAACACCAGUGUCGCAUCGAAUUAAACCAGAUGCGAGAACGAGAACGCCUUUUUAUUAAUCAAAUACAAGCAGUGGGUGUUGAACGUGAUUUGAUUGGGGGUGCAGCACAACACGUUUCCCGAAAGUGCCUGAAAAGGUGAAAGUGGAUUUUUUUUUAUUUUAGAGCUACUGUAAGUUUUCAAGCUGAACAUGGAUGGAAAAGACGAAGAAAUCGGAGAAUGUGACCCCGAUAUUCCAGAAGAAGGUCCCACUGCUCCUCCGGUAGGCCUGUUGGACGAUGUGUCUGGGUACGAGGAGACGCCUAAAGAUGGGGACAGUACAGACAAGAUGUAUCCCCCUCCUGCUGACAGGAUGCCCAUUCCAGAAAAUGACAGGAGUGCAGCAGUUCCUCAAGUGCGAGUCCCUAUAGUGUCUGAGGACAUCGCAAGAGAAGCUCUUUUGCAGUUUGUUGACAAGAAAUGGACCUACAGGAGCAAGCCAGCUCGGGAGCUGGUUUUCAAGGAUUUAAAGCCUUUCACAAUUUACCGGUAUCGCUUGGAAACAUAUACAGAAUCAAGAGCAAGUGCCUGGGAAUUUGAACCUUAUACUGAUCAGUUUGUGGAUGGUCCGCAGUACGGAAUGAGCCCCCCUCCCUGGGAUGUGGCAGUGGAAGUCCCUCCCACUUACACGGAUGCAACGCAGAAAGUCCGAGUGCCUCACUCCUCAUUUGUCAAGGAAUGUCACCGAUGUUACGGGCGAGGUCGAAUUAGAUGCAGUCACUGCCAUGGCCGAGGAAGGACCCGGUGCAUACACUGCCAUGGAACCAUUCGAUCUCAGAAUAAAAGAUGCACAUUUUGCCAUGGGAGAGGGCACAAUAGAUGCAGCUUCUGCCAUGGACGAGGUCAUAAAAUAUGCCCAUCUUGUCAUGGGCACAAAACCCUGAUGCACUUCAUUCAGCUUACAGUUACAUGGAAAAACCAUGUAUUUGAACAUGUGCCGGAUCGGAUUCCUGAAUUUCCCGUGAAGAAAUUUGAAAAAGUGACUGGGGAUGCAUUCUUUGUAGAUGAAAGCAUCUUGGUUUACCCCAUUGUAGGUUUUCCAGACGAGGAGAUUUGCGAGGCCUCAAAGAGAGGAAUUCAGGAGCACCUUAUGAAAUUUUCUUCCAUAAACCGAAUCCUGCAGCAGCGCCAGACCAUUGAACUGCUUCCUCUGACCCACGCCUUCUAUGACUACAAGGGACAAGAGUACACCUAUUUCGUGUUUGGGAUUGAAAACCAAGUUUACGCUCCAAAAUACCCAACUAGUUGCUGUAUUUUGUGAGGUGUUGACAGAUCUCAUUUGAGAAGAGAGGAUUUGAUAUUUAUUAUCAUUGAAAUAAAUACGCUUAUUUACAUUGAUCAUAAAUCUAUAAUCUAUACUUUAUUUUUAUGUACUUUUAUAUAAUGAUUCAAAGAUUGGAUGGGAGAAUUAAGGAUUUUGUGUAUUUACAUAGAUUAUUGCCGCCCUCUAGUGACUUGCAAGAGACUGUGUGCCCUGUGUUCUCUGCUCAGUACUGUUGUGGAAACCCCUUUCCGCCUGUCCGUGAGUGGUGCUUGUGGUGUGAAUCGGGCAGCAGCAGUACAAGUCCACCUCCUUCCGUAUGGAAGGCAAAUUUGUGGGUUUGGGAGGCAGCACUAAGUAGGCCAAUUUUCAAAAUUAUUCGUGUAGCAUUAAGGAGGAUUUUGGAGCCACAGGAUUAUUGCACAACGACCAAGUAUGUUCUGACCUGUUAUUUCAGAGGUAUUUGUUUCACCUUGGUUUUCCCCUUUUGAAUUGUGGUCUAUUUAUAACUGAUCGUGUUCAACAUAUUCUGUUAAACUUUUUGUUCACAAGAUCAGGAGCAUUUGUCCAGUUGUCCUGGCUAAAUUCCGUUUGCACAAUCUGGCCUUCCUAAAUUUCCUCCUCAGUUUAUUUGGUGAUUUUCUAUGAGGUGGGGCUACUUGCAUAUAAUGACUGUACAUAAUCAAUACAGACAGAUACUAUUAUUAUCAUAGUUACUCUCAAUAUUACAUAAAUGAUUGAUUCUUACUAGUACACAACAUUUCAAUAUAUGUUACCUAGAAGCUGUAUUUCUUUCUUUUUGACAUUAUUUAAAGGUUAGGGUGGUAAAGCAAAUCUUGAUUAUCAUUUUCUCCGUUUAAAUACUCCUUUCUCAACAUACCCACUCACACAUUCAUGUUUCAUUUAGAGCUUGAAUGCAUUAUUGUGAAAUAUUUUGGUAUUAAUUGAUCUAGCCAUGUCUAAGUUGAUCCUGUAUAGAGCCUGCUUUAGAUGUAAUGAAGUGCACACAAUUAUAAUAGUUUACUAUGGCAAAUUAUGGUAGUAUUAUAGUGCACUGUUGUAAGACACAGUAAUCCUAUGAUGGGGCUUCACCUACAGUAGAUUUUUUCUGUUGUGGUAGAAAUAUAUAAGAGGAUAAAGAAGCAUUGCAUUGAGAAUGCAAAGCAAAUGUUGGGAAACUGAAAAAUGUACGACACAUUUUCAAGUAAGGUUUGUGCACUCCAGUGCGAAAAUGAGGUGAUUUUUGUUUGUUAGAAAUUGUUGUUUACCAGAAUAUUGGCAGCCGUCUUAAAAUAUGCCUGUAUACUGUUAAAUAAUCUACCUAGAACUUAAGAACAUAACAAACAUCACAAAGGUUAAAAAUGAGAGGACUAUCUUGUUAAUUUGAUUGGCACUAGCUUAUGGCUUUUAAAGGGUGCAACAGAAUCAACCACUACAGCUGUUUUGUAAUUGAAGUGCUUCCUGAUUUCAGUGCUGAAUGUGUUCCUUUUAUUUUCCACAUUAUAGUGCCUUUGAAGGUGUUUGGAAUAUCUUCUGUAACAUUUCUUUCAGACUUUUCCCAUACACUGAACUGUCUGGAAAAUGAUAACAAAAGUGCAAGACACUUAAGGCAUGUUUUCAGAUGAAACAAUGUUAUGGCCACUAUAGUCACAUCAACGACUGUGUGCAAAUAAAUUACACCAUAAAUGUCAUAGUUUUGUCAAUUCUCCAAAUUAAAAAAAUGUCAAUUUACAUUAUAUAUGAAUGUUUAAGAACAUUGUAAGAUUGUCAGAUUGUUUCCAUGUGCCCUUGAAAUGUUUGUCUAACUUUCUUAAGUUUUUGUAAUAAAACAAAUUGUAUUUACAGUA